ACCUCUAAGCUCGGGGAGAGAGAAACUCAUUCUGUGCUUUGGGAAAAGAGAGUCGUCUGGUCCUGGCGCUCAUAGAGACGACGAGAGAGAGGUGGCCAGUUGGAUAGUCGUCCACUACUUGCGUGACUGCAUUGGUAAUGUUGGGGUGGGUGCAUUUUUUGGAGCUGGAGAAAAUGUUACACUGUGCUCCCCCAUCCCAGCGCUUUGGUUCCUCCCACCCAGCAGUCUUUGGGGGACGUUGGGUGAAACCAUUUUGGGUCGCGGGGGAGCCGCGCUUGGCCCCUUGGGCGAUGGGCGGAGCCUGGGCCUAGGACGGAAACCCGGUGCUGGAGCCACUGGCCUGGGAGAGCAGAGUUGGCCUGUCUGCCAUCCACUAUGCCGCUGCCCGUUGCGUUGCAGACCCGCUUGGCCAAGAGAGGCAUCCUGAAACAUUUGGAGCCCGAACCAGAGGAAGAGAUCAUUGCUGAGGACUAUGACGACGAUCCUGUGGACUAUGAGGCUACCCGGUUGGAGGGCCUGCCACCAAGCUGGUACAAGGUGUUUGACCCUUCCUGCGGACUUCCUUACUACUGGAAUGUGGACACAGAUCUUGUGUCCUGGCUUUCCCCACAUGACCCCAACUCUGUUGUUACCAAAUCCGCCAAGAAGCUCAGGAGCAGUAAUGCAGAUGUUGAGGAGAAGCUGGAUCGGAGCCAUGAGAAAUCAGACCGUGGCCACGAGAAAUCAGACCGAGGUCAUGAGAAGUCAGACCGCAGCCAUGAGAAGUCAGAGCGGAACCAUGAGAAGUCUGACAGGGACCGGGACCGUGGUUAUGACAAAGUAGAGAGAGAGAGAGAGCGGGACCGGGACCGCGGGUAUGACAAGGCCGACCGAGAAGAAAGCAAAGAACGGCGCCACCAUCGCCGGGAGGAGCUGGCUCCCUACCCCAAGAGCAAGAAGGCAAGCCGGAAGGAUGAAGAAUUAGACCCCAUGGACCCCAGCUCAUACUCAGAUGCACCCCGGGGCACAUGGUCAACGGGACUCCCCAAGCGGAAUGAGGCCAAGACUGGUGCAGACACGACAGCAGCCGGGCCCCUCUUCCAGCAGCGCCCUUACCCCUCCCCAGGGGCUGUUCUUCGGGCCAAUGCCGAGGCCUCCCGAACCAAGCAGCAAGACUGAACCUCCACCCACCCCCACCCACCCCCGGGUUUUUAAUAAAAGCUUUUCAGUGGA